CCUUCAUGCACUGACGAAGAUGGAAGAAAUCAAAUUGUCAUUAAAAGCCUUAGUGAUCAACUUUUUACUGCUUAGGGAGGUGAAAUGUAGCAGUGAUGCCUGUCCAGUAUCAAGACAAACUAUGAGUAUUGUUCCAAACUGUCCAACCAGUGAAUCAGAAUGGAGAAAAGCUUCUCAAAGAAAGAACUGUUCAGCUUUUGCCAGUCAGUGCAGCUAUCCUGACAAACUUGUGUACCAUUGUGUGAUCAAUCCUUUUGUGAAUCAGACACUGGAAGUUUGUGCCUAUGGAAAGUACAUUGUUUUAGGUUAUUGUACGGAGUACAGCUUGAGUGGCAACAUCAUCCAGCAGAAUUAUGACACAGACUGUUCUAAAUUUACCCAGAAUCCAUGUCCCAGUGGUUACCACUCCACAGAAGCAUACAAAUACCCUGGUUGCUAUGAACUGACAAAGAAAUCCACAGUACAAAAUCAAACUACCAUGACUACAGUACCCUCUAUCCCUACCUCUGACACAUAUGUACCAACUCAAAAUAUGUCCAUGACUGAAGAGUCAAAUAUGGAAGAUGAUAAAGAUAUGACCUUGGGACCUAUUAUUGGAAUCACUAUUGGAGUCAUUCUGGUCUUGUUAGUUGGAACCACUGUUGUAAUUUUUGUACUGAAAAGACGUAAAGCGAAAUCUAAAAAGCAAAACCUUACUGUAAAAGAAACAGAAGAGAAUGGAAAACUCAUGACAUAAAAUGGAAAAACAG